CCAUUCGUCGCCGCAGUGCGAUACGGUCGAUAGAAGAAAACGUGGCCGACAGUCUCCGGUGGUUGCAGCUGCCGCAGACACCGUCGCGUCGCCUCGUUCCCUCGAGCCACGUCGACAUUCAUAAUCCCGUACCAACAAUUUUCCUGGAAUCGCCCUUCGACGGGUUCUUCCCUCGUUUCACCCCACGAGAUCAACGUUGAGGGUGGCCACGCUCGAAUACGCUUCAAUCCGCUUCAGGAUGCCGUGCGUACGGCAUCAUGACGCAGAAACGUUUGGCUAGGAUUCCCGUGAACAUGACGAGCUAUCCACGACCACGCGAUCCCGGGCACGAUGGAGUGGUAAGACGAGUAGGACCGGCGCGGAAGUGCAACGACGAUUCCGUGGCCGAAAACGUGCGUGCCCGUGUCAUCAAUGGACUAUAACCGUUCGUGCGAACGUAAACGAUCGUGGAACACGGCCGCGUGGUCGGGCCAUGACAUUGGACUUUCGUAGAAUCUGUUUACACGCGUGGCUGCCUGUGACAGCGCCCAGUCAGCAGCCGAUCGCGAACGCCGUCGCAAAAAUCGUGCCACCAGGGAUCUCCGACCUUCGCGCCAACGCUCAUCAAUCACUAUCGACAUCUGGAGUUAACGAGUUACGUAGUUAGGGAAGCGGUUCCCAGUCAGUCAGUUUGUAACAAUCGCGUGAAUCAGAUACUACGACGUUCGGCGGUCGUGUUGCACGUGGAUCGAGCGAAGCUCGAAGGAAAAGUGUACGAUAUCGGCAGAUAUCGUUUAGUGAUUCGUAACUUCGCUUUGUAUAGUUUAAGAUUGAGGUACCAUUUUAUUAGCGAAUCGCUAUUAAAAUAGGUAUAAUCGUUGUGAUUCCCUUAAAUGAUUAUUCGUAUACGAUUUAAAGCCCAGACAUUCGCAAAGAGUCUAUGUGAAGUUCGAAGUGAAAUUCUGUCAGUGAAAAAAUUCCAAGAGAUACUCGCGCACGUAACAGUGGAGCAAUCAAUUGUCAGCAACGUGAGGCUCCAUCAACGUGGCUGCUUUCCAUCUCUACCCUCCCAUCGGAUCAUUUCCACCCCGUUGAACGAUCGACGUCGCGAUUCUCGAAGGACCGACAGUCUUGCAGUAGGUGGGUUGGCGCCACAGGGUUUGCCAAUCGAUUUCAGUCUCCUCUCGAGGAUGUUCCGCUUCGCGACGUAGCGUUUCGAGUUUUUACGUCGUAGUCACGUGCCAAGAAGCGUAGUGUGCCACGGUGGGGGACCAGUCCGUGGGGCUGGUCGUCGAUCGUCACAUCGAAGGGGGACACAGUGAAGGGGAUUUUUCUCGGUACCUACCUCGACAUCGUUGUGGAAAAUCGAUCCGCCGUGGCAGCCACCCCCGUUGCAACCACCCGGCGCGGUGCAAUGACCUCCAAACCGGGAAGGUCCUACAGCAUGAGGUCAAAAACGAACCACCGACCAUUUAACUGUUUCACUUGACCCAAAAACGCCGUCUCAAAGCGUAAAGUGCGACGGUUUCGUCACGCGUUUCUGCUUCGCCGUGUGAAUCGCGCAGCACGCGCGAUAUCCUCCGCUUAAAAGGUGAAGAAGUUGCUUCUGCCUUUCGAUUCACAUUCGUGCUUUGUCGACAAAGACAAAGACGGGUUCCGAAAUGUCCGGUUUGUCUUCCGCGUGGCGAAUUCACGGAACGUAAUCUUCCUCCAACAGCUCGUCUGCAUUAUCUGACAAUGGUCCCCGCGAGUCGGAGGACCCCUCUCUCAGUCGUUAGCGAUGAUUCCGCCAACGAUGCACGGCCAUGAAUUCAAUCAACCUCUGUCGAGGGUGGUUAUGGUCCGUAAAACGGAUCAAAGGACCUUCAGUAAGGGUAGACGGGGUGGAGAACCUCUCCUGGAAACGGUUACCAGGGAAACCGUCGAGCUUUUCAACGGCGGUCGUGCUGAAAGGAAAUACACGUCCGAGACUAGAGACAUCGUUACGCCAAAGUCGAACAGUAUGCCCUCGCUCAGCGUUAACGGAACGAAAAAGAAGGUGGUCGGCUUUGUCGACCAGUUAUCGCCCGAAAGGUCGAGGACGGAUUCGGUGAGAUCGAAAUCUCCUUUGACAGCGUCGCCAGCGUCUCCAGGGCCACUGUCGAAUUCCUUGCACGGCAGUUUCCACGGUAGUUUAGGAAGCGACGGCAUGUCUUGCAGCAGUGCCAGGUCAUCGUCGGCCUCCCCCGACUCUGCAAGAUAUUCGUCGACACCGAUAUCAAAGACUGACACACGUAAACCAUCUGUGCGCAGAUUGGGACCUCCUAAGGAAUUUAUCAACGUUUGCAUCGAGACGCACAAUUUGUAUCGCGCUAGGCAUGGAGUACCACCUCUUCGUCUCAACAAACAGUUAUGUAAAACAAGUCAGGACUGGGCCAAUAUACUGGCGGCUAGGGGUAGGUUAGAGCACAGGGCAAACAUAGAUUACGGUGAAAAUUUGUACUGUAUGUGGAGUUCCAACCCGAAGACUAUCGUAGGUGGCGAGGAGCCGGUAAACGAAUGGUAUGCGGAAGAGGCGCAACAUCAGUACGGAAAGGAGCCCACCACCCUAAAAACUGGCCACUUCACCCAAGUCGUGUGGAAGGACAGCACCGAGUUGGGCGUUGGAAUGGCCAGGAAUCGAAACGGCGAGGUUUACGUCGUUUGUAAUUACAAUCCAGCGGGAAAUUUCUUGGGCAGCUUCACGGAGAACGUCCUACCUCCAGGAAGUCCGAGUCCUACUAAAAAAAUCACCUUUUUAGAUCCUAAAUCACAUUACACGUUAGACGAACAAGCGUGGCAACAAGAGGCUCUAGUCGUUCACAACGAAUACAGAAGGAGACAUCGUGUCCCAGACAUGAGGUUAAGCGUAGAAUUAAUCGCUGCUGCUAAGGCGUGGGCGAACACGUUGCUGAACACGAACAAGCUGAUUCCCCAGUCGACUUCUCCGUACGGGGAGAAUAUCUACUCGAUGCAGUGUUCCGAUCCGAAGUUGAUUGUACCAGCACGAGAAGUUGUUUCCAAAUGGUAUUCCGAGAGGAAGGAUCACAAGUAUGGAACGGAACCAAAGGUCUUAAACACAUGUCAUUUCACACAGAUCGUUUGGAAAAAGACUGUCGAAAUGGGUAUAGCGAUGGCUAAAAGGGACGGAACCUGUGUGAUAGUGGCGUGUUACCAUCCGAGAGGUAAUAUCGUUGGUCAGUUCACGGAAAACGUGUUGAAGCCUGUGAAGAGCCACUAGGUUAGUUCGUUAGACGAAUCUGCCCACACUUGUCGAUACUGUAUUUAAGCGAUGUAUUUAUAAACUCAUGAAUAGCGACAAUACACAUAAUAUAUGUAUAUAUAACAACACAGAUGUGCAUACACGUAGAAUAAAUGAAAACAUUCCACGUACUACACGAAUUCGAAACAUCUCGUCUGUUUUAUUAAUCGUCGGUAACAUAACAUGGCGUUAUGAUAUUGAAUCCUAAACGACGAUGACCACAAGAUGUGUAUGUACGCGUUUAAUCUUUGAAGAUCGGCUUCCGUUUUGAAAAAGCAGACUGUGACAUUGAUAUCACUUUUUUAAAAAGAAUAUUUCAAUCUCACUGUUAUAUAGGGGAAGAAGAUAUUAAUUUGGUAUGAUGAUAGUUUCUAGUUUUUUUUUUUUUGACAUAAGUACUUUUAGUACUUUCAUUGCUAUUUUGAUAAGUAAAGGAAUAGAAAUUAUUUUUUGUUAAACAGCCGGUUGUCAAGGAACCGAAGAGUAACACGAUAGUGAUACGUAAUUUCUUACGGAUAAAUAGUAUUAAUAAAAAAGAAAUUGUCAGAGACUGAUCGUUCCUUCGCUGUUUACCUCAGAAACAUCACGAAGCGAGACAUACCUGUAAUUUUUCUGACAAUACAACUACGGAUAGAGUGUAGUAUCGAAUCGAAAGUAUCUUCGUUAUUUAAAAAACACAUAACCAUUAUGUAACACUUUCUUUUCACUUCGAACAAACAAAACAAAUUAUUCAAGAACUAUCAACUCAAACAUUUACAUCGAUUAAUAUAAAAUAGUUAGAUUACAAAUUACUAAACAUGUUUCAAGCACAUUCCUAAAAAGAAGAAAAUGAAACAGACAUUUGUAAUACAAGUUUUCACUCGAUCUACGUUACUCUAAGCGAUGAAAUGAAUGGAAUUGUACGUUCACGAAAUAAAAUGCGACGUAUCAGAAGGAAACGA